AAUAUGACAUGCGUUGCCUUUGACAUGAUUAAGGUAACUACUGUGCAGGUGCAUGACAGCAAUAGCAUUUGACAUGUCAAAGAUAUUUAAUUUGGGGCUUUCUGCAGAGACCAAAGCGAAUCGGAUGACGAUCUGAUUUCCGGUCAGUUUUGUUGUUACUUGCAAAACAGUACUUGGUUAUGAUUUGAGCAAGAUACAUUGAUCCCAGAUCUGCGUUUACCGGCAACCUCCGUGUGCUGGCGACCACGUGUCUGUGCGCUGACCAAUGGCAACGCUCCUAGCUAUAGCUGAACGAAGCCAUGUGAGGAUCUGUAAAAUGGCGGCGCAGUGGCGUGGAAAAGAUGAGCUUAUAAUCACCGGCAACAUGGACUUUCUGACCGCAAACACAUUCAAUGAGGCUGUCCUGGGUAAAGGGGAAGUCAGUGAUCUGGAAAUGGACACUCACUCCUGCCUGGACCCUUCCAUCCUGGCUAUGUUUGAAGACUCCGCCGUAGCUGCAGAGACUAGGAGCAGACUGGAUGAGGAGAGUGAGUCCACGUUGUUGACAGCUCUAACGGAGAUCCUGGACAGUGUUGACGAUGAGACCCUGUCUCCCUUUGACACCCUGCCUGACACUGGGCUCUUCUCUGACCAGAGGCUACGGGACAACUCCCCGUUGAGGCGGCUGCUGAGUUUAACACGGUCUCCACCUGAUAAAGAAGCACUCUUUCGUUCCAUAAAGACCCCCUCUUCAACUUCAUCCCCCUCUUCCUCUGUUGGAAAGGUUGAGACAGUCAUUCCAGACAGACCCUGGAGGACUAGGCUAACUCCCAGAGCCCAGGGCUCUUCCACAUCCACACAGAGGAGCGAUGGAGAGGAGGAGGGGGGCGGCAAGGUCCACAUUCACAGCCCGCCUCACGGCUUCAAUCUGACCAAUCAGGACUCGGGAGAACUCUCCCUCGACCGAUCAGAAGUGAGAGCGCUGAACUCUGUAGAGAAGGACCAUGGCUACUCCUCUACAGUGUCCCUGGUGGACCUGGUGAAACUCAUGCACCCCUACUGCCUGAGGGUGUGCCUGGAUGAGGAGGGGAAGGACUGGGUCAGCACAUCCAGGCAGGGGGCCUCCUCCCUGGGGGAACGGAGCGCGGACCAGAGUGUACCCCUGGAGGGCGAGGUGUGGAGGUAUACAAAGCCUGGUUCGGAAGAGAGCGACGAGGAAAUUGAUGUGGACGGAUCAGAUGACGAGUGUCCCUCGGUAGGAGGGAUGAAGGAUGAGAAAGAGGGGGAUGGAGAACAGGGAAGUAAAGGUGAAGAAGUGAAGCAACUAAAAAGUCUACUUGUGAAGUGGGACGGGCCCACAGAAGGCCAGAAGACCAAGAACAAAAAAAGAGUGAGCUUCGGACCUGUCCUGGUGACAUCCUACGAGCUACCAGCAGCAGACGAACCUGACUUAAACGUGCUCCCGGACUUGAGCGAGCUCACCAGCCAAAUCAACACCAAAACAACGACCAUUUCCCUCACCACAUCCUCUCCGGAGUCUUCAGCAGCAUCUUCAAAGGACAGCCAGCAUCAGGUUGGAACUGACUUGCCUGAAAGGACCGGAGAAAAGUCGUCGUCGGAGCCUCCACCACAGCGAGGCGAGUCCAAGCCCAGACCGGCCCUCAGUCUCCAGCAGUACCGCCUGCUGCGUCAGCAAAGACUACCCCUGGUGGGGAAACCUGAGAAUUACACCACCAAAUGGCCCUCUCUACCUGAAACCCCCACGGAGUUGCCUCCUAUACCCUAUUUACAAGGACCUAAAUAUAACAUGUGGGGACCAACGACACCACAUCAUUACAUAGGAAGUAAAACAGGGGGUGAUGUCAGUGAAUUCAAGCCUAUAGCUAAGACAAGGACGAAGAUGGUCUCUCCUGCUUGUCCCAGUAAACCUGGUAAAGGUAUUGGCAUCAAUGGAUCAAAGCCUGUAAGAAGUGGGACUAAGACUCCUCCUACCAGCUCAGCUUUAAAGCCCAAACACAACUCAAAGGAAGCUAAAUCUGCAAAUGAUGUUGGUGUAUUAAAGCCUAUUUGGACUGAGACCAUCUCUCCUGCUAGUCCCUUACCAAGUCCCAACCUGAACUCCAACUCAGUGGCGGGUCUGGGCCAGAACAGGACUAACCCAGAAAAGAGUGCUGUUGCGGUCAGUAGCGACCCCCCAAACCCUGUCCUGGUCCCACUACCAGGAACCCGUCCAUCUUUGGAUAGAUUUGAUAGGAGCUGUGGGACCAACCAGGGGAAGCAGGAACAAUCUCUACCUCCAUCCACCACCCAGGAGUCUCCAGGACCCAAGCCCAAAAUGGUGUUCUGCAACCGGGAUCCAAGCCUGAAGAGCAACAGUCUCCUCCUUGAGAUCCAGCGGAGGUUCUCCACCAAACAACCAUCGUGGAAACCACUUCACACCCAAAACACUGCAGAGACCACGAAACAAGGGGAUCAGCCUCGCUCUCUCAGCCCAAGGAAAGGAAUCGAGACGGUACCAGAAGGGUCCAAGUUUUCCCCAAGUGCACCAGUAAUGGCAAGUCCAUCGUCCAGCCCCUCAGUCCAUCCACCCACCCAUGCUGUUGCUCCUUACCCAGAGAUAGAGAGGGCAGAGCGGGUAGCCAUUGGUAACCUCCCCCGUGUCCGACUGUCCACCUCUCCAGAGAGUAACACCUGCAUACAGACCCCCACCUGCGGCACAGGAAUCCAAGCCCCAGAUCUGACCAGCCUUCUGGAGCGGUUUGAGGAAACACAAGCCAAAGAGGAGACUGAGAGUGAACCUGAAGGCAGUCCAGAUAGGAGCCCUGUUAGAGAUGAAGAGCCGAGCAACAACACUGAAGGGAUGCUGACACUGCUGGGUGCCUAUCUCCUCAGCACCCAAGAUAAACUCUGUCUUCCAGCACCCACUGGCUUUCCAGAACUUGUCAACACACUUGAACCCCUCAGAACUCCGGAGCCCCUCAGAACUCCGGAGCCCCUCAGAACUCCAGCACCCCUCAGAACUCCGGAGCCCCUCAGAACUCCGGAGCCCCUCAGAACUCUGGAAUGUUGCGAUACUCAGGAACCUCUCAGCACUCAGGAACAGGCCCCUGCACAGCCGUGCUGGAAACCUCUUACCCCUGUCGCACCUCAGAGGAAGCAACCGGCGACCCCCAAACCUCUCCCUCCCAAGGCCAUCCAAAUCAUCGACCCCCGUCCUCUACCACCCAAAAAGGCCCACCCCCUCCCCCCAAAGCCCCCUGUCAUCCCCCCUGAGUUCCAGACACCAGUAUCUGUCUCCUCGGACCACGACUACUGUCUAUCUCAGGAUCAACCAGGGAGUAAUACUACUAUGUUAUGCAGCAAAAGACAAACCAUACUCCCCGACCACCAACCAAUUCCCAACCCCUCCUCAGUGCCCGGCACACAGAACUCUGAGAAAUAUUUGCGGCAGCAGCAGCCAGUGGACUCCAGGACUGUUCCAGAGACACAACUUCCCUCAGACUCUGCUCCGCCAUCUACAGAGAGCUCCCCCUCUAGGACGGAUGCCAUUACUGCAGGGGAGACACAGGAAGAGAGAACCAGCCCCUGCAUCCCCUCCCCUCCUUCACCCAGUCCCCCUGCCAGAGGUAGGAGGUCGUCCCGGCGCUAUCGGACAAGGUCUUCAUGCUCGGACUCAAGCUCUAGGUCCCCUUCUUCAUCGUCAUCUUCCUCAUCCUCCUCCUCUCGAUCCAGGUCUCGCUCUCCACCCCGAAAGAGGUAGGUUCAAAUUCUGUGUG